AUGGCGACCCUGUCCUUGCUGUCCGUGCUACUUCUGCUGCCUGUGCUCCAGCUGUCCGUGGCAACCCGGCCGCUGGAAGACCUGUCAAGCAUAAGCUCCCUCGAGUCGCUCGACGUCAGGGAUGUCAAGGCCGGGUUGGCAGAGACCCGCUCCGCCGCCCUGCACAGAGCUGCCCCCGGAGCGGCCGCGAAUGCCACGCGGAGCAACCGGAGCCAUGGGGGCCACCGGGGCCGCCGGAGCAAUGCGACCUCUCACGCUGCACCUGCCUCGCUGGCCCAGGAGGCCCUGACCGCCGGAAGAUAUCAUGGCGAAUAUCGUGAAUACGAGCUCACCGAGCGCCAGGGUCAGAGUAAGGUCAUGCUCAUCUUUGUGGUCUUCCUGGGUCUCGGUUUUUGUGGCGUGGACCACUGCCUUGUGGGCAAUUUCAUCUUAGGGACGUUGAAGCUGCUGACCGUCGGUGGCUUCGGCUUUUGGUUUCUGCUGGACUGGAUGCUCAUCGUCUUCAACUGCGUGAACCAGUAUGGCACCCUCACAGGCUUCGGCUGGGAUGUGGUCUUCACCCCAUGUAGCAUCGAGGACGCCUGCAGGAUUGGGCAGGUAACCUGCCUCCUGCACGCCCCCUUUGUCUUCACCCUGAUAAAAGCAAAGGUCAGUGGCCGAUCUGUUCAGUCGUCGGUGCAGCAACCGGCGCAGAGCACCGUGGCCUUCUUGAGGCAAAAGGGCCUCGUCUCGGAGUCCCCGGCUUCUUGGGAGGUGGACCACGUCUUCGAGGCCUUGGACAAGAACCGUGACGGGCUCGUUACUUCCCAGGAGCUCAAGGAGGGCCUCGCCACCCUGGGUUGCGAGAUCACCGAUGAGCAGGUGGCUCAGCUCAUGGCUUCUGCACCGAAUGGUCAGGGCGGACAGGGCGGGCAAGGGGGCCUCCGCCGCUCCCAGCUGGGGCAGCUCCUGGCGAACAACCAGGGCAUCAUUGCCAGGAGGGCAUCGCUUGCCUCCGCCUCCAGCGAAGGAGCAGGCCCUCCGGCAGAGCCUCCGGCACAGCCUCCGGCAGAGCCUCCGGCGAGUGCGCAGCAGGACGACACAGCGAAAGCUGACGGCUGA